UGGGAUCGGGCGCGGGAACCGGCGGGGAGGGGAGGUGGGGGGCGGAGCCGUAGUCCGGGCGGCGGAAGGAGGAGAGGAAGAAAGGGGCGAGCCCUGGUGCCUGGCGGCGGCGCAAGGUUCUCGCUCAGAGUGCGGGCUGCUGUGGCCAGGCGCUGGGCGUUCAGGUGGUCAGUGUCGGCGUCGAGCUUGCUCUCGGGAGCCGCGCGGCUGCCCUGCUGCUGCUUCUGGACUCUGCCUUGGGCUCGAGUGGCGGAGGAGCCGAGCCGGCUGUGGGGCGGGUGGGGAGGGAGGAGGCGGUGAAGGCGGCGGCGGGCCGGGGAGGGGGGGAAGAUGCCGCUGGCGCAGCUGGCGGACCCGUGGCAGAAGAUGGCUGUGGAGAGCCCUUCCGACAGCGCUGAGGAUUAUAUCUUUAUCCUUGAAAUUUAAAAACAUUUGCCAGGACAUGUCUUGGUGUUGAUGAUCUCUGUUGAACCUUCUCAGUCUGCAGUCUCAGGAUAAAUGAGGAGCUGAUUCUUAAUCCUGUCACAUUGAAUGGACAGCAAAUUAUGGAUGAACCUAUGGGAGAGGAGGAGAUUAAUCCACAAACUGAAGAAGGCAGUAUCAAAGAGAUUGCAAUCACACAUCAUGUGAAGGAAGGACAUGAAAAGGCAGAUCCUUCCCAGUUUGAGCUUUUAAAAGUAUUAGGGCAGGGAUCAUUUGGAAAGGUUUUCUUAGUUAAAAAAAUCUCAGGCUCUGAUGCUAGACAGCUUUAUGCCAUGAAGGUAUUAAAGAAGGCCACACUGAAAGUUCGAGACCGUGUUCGGACAAAAAUGGAACGUGAUAUCUUGGUAGAGGUCAAUCAUCCUUUCAUUGUCAAAUUGCAUUACGCUUUUCAAACUGAAGGGAAGUUGUAUCUUAUUUUGGAUUUUCUCAGGGGAGGAGAUUUGUUUACACGCUUAUCCAAAGAGGUGAUGUUCACAGAGGAAGAUGUCAAAUUCUACUUGGCUGAACUUGCACUUGCUUUAGACCAUCUGCACAGCCUGGGAAUAAUCUAUAGAGACUUAAAACCAGAAAACAUACUUCUUGAUGAAGAAGGUCACAUCAAGUUAACUGAUUUUGGCUUAAGUAAGGAAUCUAUUGACCACGAGAAGAAGGCUUACUCUUUUUGUGGCACUGUGGAAUACAUGGCUCCAGAAGUGGUUAAUCGUAGAGGCCAUACUCAGAGUGCUGACUGGUGGUCUUUUGGUGUGUUGAUGUUUGAAAUGCUCACUGGUACACUACCUUUCCAAGGAAAAGAUCGUAAAGAAACAAUGACUAUGAUUCUUAAAGCCAAACUCGGGAUGCCACAGUUUCUGAGUCCUGAAGCCCAGAGUCUUUUACGAAUGCUUUUCAAACGGAAUCCUGCAAACAGAUUAGGUGCUGGACCAGAUGGAGUUGAAGAAAUUAAAAGACAUUCAUUUUUCUCAACAAUAGACUGGAAUAAACUCUAUAGAAGAGAGAUUCACCCACCUUUUAAGCCUGCAACUGGCAGACCUGAAGAUACAUUUUAUUUUGAUCCUGAGUUUACUGCAAAAACUCCCAAAGAUUCACCUGGCAUUCCACCUAGUGCUAACGCACAUCAGCUUUUUCGGGGGUUUAGUUUUGUUGCUAUUACCUCAGAUGACGAGAGCCAAGCUAUGCAGACAGUUGGUGUGCAUUCAAUUGUUCAGCAAUUACACAGGAACAGCAUUCAGUUUACUGAUGGAUAUGAAGUAAAAGAGGAUAUUGGCGUUGGCUCAUACUCUGUUUGUAAGAGAUGUAUACAUAAAGCCACAAACAUGGAGUUUGCCGUGAAGAUUAUUGAUAAAAGCAAGAGAGACCCAACAGAAGAGAUUGAAAUUCUUCUUCGUUAUGGACAGCAUCCAAACAUCAUUACCCUAAAGGAUGUGUAUGAUGAUGGAAAAUAUGUGUAUGUAGUAACAGAACUUAUGAAAGGUGGUGAGCUGCUGGAUAAAAUUCUUAGGCAGAAGUUUUUCUCAGAGCGAGAGGCCAGUGCUGUCCUGUUUACUAUAACCAAAACUGUUGAGUAUCUUCACGCACAAGGGGUGGUUCACAGAGACUUGAAACCUAGCAACAUUCUUUAUGUGGAUGAGUCUGGUAAUCCAGAAUCUAUUCGGAUUUGUGACUUUGGCUUUGCAAAACAACUGAGAGCAGAAAAUGGUCUUCUCAUGACUCCUUGUUAUACUGCAAAUUUUGUUGCACCAGAGGUUUUAAAACGACAAGGCUAUGAUGCUGCCUGUGAUAUAUGGAGUCUUGGUGUCCUCCUUUAUACAAUGCUUACUGGUUACACUCCAUUUGCAAAUGGUCCUGAUGAUACUCCAGAGGAAAUAUUGGCACGAAUAGGUAGUGGAAAAUUCUCACUCAGUGGUGGUUACUGGAAUUCUGUUUCAGACACAGCAAAGGACCUGGUGUCAAAGAUGCUUCAUGUAGAUCCUCAUCAGAGACUGACUGCUGCUCUUGUGCUCAGACAUCCUUGGAUUGUCCACUGGGACCAACUGCCACAAUACCAACUAAACAGACAGGAUGCACCGCAUCUUGUAAAGGGUGCCAUGGCAGCUACAUACUCUGCUCUAAACCGUAAUCAGUCACCAGUUUUGGAACCAGUAGGCCGCUCUACUCUUGCUCAGCGGAGAGGUAUUAAAAAAAUCACCUCAACAGCCCUGUGAAGUGACUUCAGUGAGAUGUUUGGUACCAUGAUAUAAGCUGAUAGCACAAGUUCUGGCAACAGGUAGCACAUACCUGAGAGACACCUGCAAGCACACACUGUCCCAGCUGGUACCCAUAAUGCUGCUGCUCCUGCUGCUCCUGCUUCAUCUCUUCUCGCUUUAAUUGAUUGUUAGCAAGUUAGAUUUUCCUGGAGCUCCGAAAUGAAAAUGGAAACAUGAUGAAGAUCUAUUCACUGAAUCAAUAAAGAUAAUGAACACAUGAAUACCACCUAAAAUACACUGAAUAAAAGUACUCUACACCAUAUAGCAUUAUUUUUAUAGGAAAUAUUUCAUGUCCCCUAAAUAUUCUUUGUUAGUUAUAGGGAUGGACAGUUUAUGUUAAGCACUUAGCUUAAACAAUUCAUUUAUAUUAGCACUGUAUCCCUUGUGCCAUCCAACAUUUUGUAUGUUUUUGUAAACAGUUCAUAUACAGUACAUUUCUGUACUGCUUUCUUUAAUGUAUACAUGCCUUGUUUAACUUGGAGUCUACUAAUCAAUUGACUAUUAAAUCUGGAUAAAUAGUU